AUGGAUUGUGUUGAUGGCAUCAGAAAGUUGAUUCAACACCUGGAAGAUCUGAAACUGUUAACAACGGAUGAUCAACUACACAAGGCUGAUGAAAUAUGGGGUAGACUGCUUGUGUUGAUACUGGAGUUGGAAGAACAGAAUCGAAAGUCUACAGAUGUAGUGAAACACUUAUGGAGUAUUGGACUGGAAGAUAUCACAGCCAAGUAUUUGGAGUAUAAUCGACCCAGUUUACAGAUCAAAGUAAUGAAGUUUACUACAGUAUUUGCGAUUAUGGUUUACAGUAAUAAUGAGUUCAAAAUAUCACAUCGACUAAACAACCAACACUCGCAACUCAUGCAAUCACCAAACUGUCAAGUCAAAAUAGCGGCGAUGAAAUCAUGCACAGAGCUGUACAAAUAUAAACGCUGGAGUGAAAAGGAUGGAUUUGACAUCAAGCCAAUGGUUGAGAUUAUUGUUCAUGAGUCUGAUCAAGAAAUGCUCACAUUGGCAAUUGGCCUGUUCUCGAAAGUUUGCCAUAGUAUUGACGAUGAAAAUUUUGGCAUCGUGUUGUCAAGACUUGUUUCACGACUGGAAUCAUCCAAUGGUCUAGUUGCUGUUGGUUUUAUCGAAAACUUUCAAACCAUGUAUUGGAAGAUCCAUCGCCAUAACCCAGUGAAAGCAGUGGAAUGUGGCAUCAUUCCAGCAGUAGUCAAUACGCUCAGGAGUGUCGAUCAAGAAGUGAUUAGUCAAAGUAUUUAUACUAUUCAGAGUUUUUGCGACUAUGAAUAUUGUGAAGUGAUUUCAGCCGAGUUGAUAAGGUCAGGGUUGAUUCAAAUGCUUAGCGACUUGUGUGUCAGAUACAGCGACAACUCUAGACUAAAAUCACGCAUGAUCGAAGUAGCUGGAUCAGCUGCAUCCAAAAUGCGCGACUUUCCUGUAUCACUUGCACGAUCGUUGGUUUUUGAGCAAUUGACGAUGUCAGUGUGUGAUGUCGAUAUGGGUGGCUCUUUGUAUCUGUUUAAUAAUAUCAGCGACAUGAUUGAGAAAUCUACAAACAAGGACGAGAUGAUCAAGGUGUUUCGAGAAUAUGGAAUUGUAAAGCAGCUCAUCACUAUUUAUUCACGCAGAGAUAUACGUUUAUAUGAUUAUAAUGGUAGUAACACUAGUAUUGUAAACCUACUCAGAGCACUUGUGAAUUUUGCCGACAAUCAUUCCGACAGUUCAAUACGUACCGAGUUGGAGCAAGGCGGGAUAUUUGAAAAUCUAACGGCUAUUGUAAAAUCGGAUACUGCUGAUCACACAAACAAAAGGGUUGCUGGCCAGAUCAUUGAAACGUGUUUCCAGCAUCGGGUUCAUGUUGCUAGCUCGAGCAUUUGGCCAUACGACGACAAUGCCGAAAUUGAUAUGAAAUCUGGAAUGGCCGGAUAUAAACAUGGAAAUGCACGCACACUUGUCGAGAUGCGGUAUAUCCAGUAUUUGCAAUCUAUACUUUGCAAACCCAUGUGGUGGAUCGAUAUCACAAACCAGCAUAUUGUGGAGCAAUGGAGGGCCGACUCACUCGAUCGGAAUAUAUCACCAUCAACAUUUAAUUUUGCAUUAAAACAACUCGGGGUUUUUUUUAUAUCACGCAAGUUCCAAUGGCUUCCGAGUGAAUUCCGUGUCGAACAGGAUGGCAGUGUGACCAUCAACUCAUACAUCAACAAUCUGAAUCCGAUAUGGCAUCGAGACAUGUACAAAUGUAUUGCCAAAAUAUUCAAAUGUUUUGUCCCGAUGUUUGAAAGUCUGUUCAGAACGAUACAUCCAAUGUUCAAGUAUAUUGAUAUUCACAAUGGCAUAAAGGGAUAUAAACCACCAAACCGAUCAGAUCGUGGUGGUAUGGAAUCAGACACUCAAGUCAUUCGUCCCGUGUAUGUACCAACACUUCCGGAGCAUUUCCAAUCCAAUUAUGAAUCAGCAAAGCCAGUAUCACUGCGUGGUUGUAAUCUACAAGUCAUUGUCAAACUCACCAACAUUCAACUGACACCAUCCAAACCUAAAUACGACGAGGGAAACUGGCACAAUGAAGGUCCACGUAACGAAUCGAUUGUUGCAACUGGACUGUAUUACUACGACGUGGAAAAUAUCACCACACCCAAACUCGAUUUCCGCGAGGCUGUUAAUCGGUUUGAUCAAAGAGCAUCUGGUACGUAUUGGAAAGAUGUGUAUGACAUUAAUCUAGAAUCGCCACGCAAUCAGUAUAUAGGAUCGCUUGAAGUACCAAAUGGUCGAUGUGUAGUUUAUCCCAAUCGAUACCAGCACAAGGAACAAUCAUUUGAACUUGCAGAUCCAACUCAACCAGGACAUUGCAAGAUUCUGACAUUUUUUGUAGUGAAUCCAUCUCGUCGGAUUGUUUCGACUGCGCAUGUGGCUCCACAACAACCACAAUGGUGCAACUCGAGUCUUGACAAGGCACACGUACCACCUGAACUGUGGAAUGAUAUCACGCAGUAUAUUCAAGGUGUUCAAUCGCCAGCUGAAGCCAAACACUAUCGAGAUGAAUUGACAAGCGACCGAACUCGAAUUGUAAAAGCAUACAACGAAGACAUAUAUGAGCGGGUGUACUAUCUUGAUUGA